CGCAAUAACUGGUGAAUCGAACAAGUAGUGGGGUCUUUCUCGCGGAUGUUGAUUACUGUUUCGGUGAAUGUUGCCGAAAGUUUCCCGGUAAAUUAAUGAAAAACAUACGGCGUUCGUUAUGCAUAAAAUAUAAAAGUGCAUUGAAAUACUUUAUAACAAAGAUUACUGUACAUCAGUAUCGGUGUCAUUGUAAAAUAAGUGCGAGCAUUACGAUAAAAUAUUAUUGUUUUAUGUCUCUACUAACAUAACAGAAAUGAAGAGAGUGUAGAGUGUAUGCGAGUGCAUUCAACAUACUCACACAAUCGGUAUAUUCGACAUGUUCGUGUACAAUGGCAACCUUGACACUUGGUGAUCGUUUUUGGCGGCUUCGUUCCGUUCUUACUGAAAUCGUGUUUGGUAGGAUCGCGUCGUGAGUGAAAGCGGCGGUGGCCAUUCUGUAAAAUCUUACAGAGUUUGGCAGUAUCGAAUCAGUAAAAUAUUUCGCGCUUCGUAUUAACGAUAUUCCGUUAUUGUGUUUGUUUUCGUGACUGCAAUUUCGUUCGCUUUAUAAUUCUCGUGUAAACUUUUGUUCUAUAAAGAAAUACAUCAUAUUACAAACCACACCAAACAUUUUAUGCAUACAUUGGAAAUUGAGAAAAAUAAACAAUUAAGAUAAUUAAUUAUUGUCAUGCAUAAUAAAUUAUUAUUAUAUUAUAUUUCAUCACGGAAGAUGUGUCUUUUAUAGUGCUAUAUAUAAAACUGUUACACAGUGCAUAGACACUACCGUGAAGUUUCUAUAUAAAAAAAUAAUGUUUAUGUGAAUUCGAUAACAGUGUUUAUCUAUUCCGCAUAUUAUAAAUUGAAUACUACUUCUAUAAAACAGGAAAAAUGGCACAAAUGAAACAACAACUACCACUUCAAAUGCCAGAUUUAAGUAGUCUUCGCAUAACUACAGCUGUUUCCAUGCUUGGUAAAGCAUAUGGAUGUGGACAGUGUAGUGCUCCUCCACCUGGACCCACAACAAGUUCUUCUGUUGGUGCAUCUGGAGCAACUGGCAGUAGUGUUGUAGCUCCAGGUUCUUUAGGACUUGUUUCCACACAACAAACACACACUCCUCCUCAACCUCCUGAACUGCCAAUGUUUUCAUGUCCUCGAAGACCAAACAUAGGACGUGAAGGCAGACAAAUUACCUUAAGAGCUAAUCACUUCCAAAUAACAAUGCCACGUGGUUAUGUGCACCAUUAUGAUAUUAAUAUCCAACCUGAUAAAUGUCCUCGUAAAGUUAAUAGGGAAAUAAUAGAAACAAUGGUUCAUGCAUAUAGUAAAAUAUUUGGAACUCUUAAACCCGUAUUCGAUGGCAGAAAUAAUUUAUAUACAAGGGACCCCUUGCCUAUCGGUACGGACAAAAUAGAAUUAGAAGUAACACUGCCUGGUGAAGGUAAAGAUAGAGUUUUUAGAGUGGUGAUAAAGUGGCUGGCUCAAGUUUCACUGUUUGCUUUAGAAGAAGCUUUAGAAGGGCGUACAAGACAAAUCCCAUAUGACGCUAUACUUGCUUUAGAUGUUGUAAUGAGGCAUUUACCAUCUAUGACAUAUACUCCAGUAGGUAGAUCAUUCUUUAGUACACCAGAUGGAUAUUACCAUCCAUUAGGUGGUGGUAGAGAAGUUUGGUUUGGUUUUCAUCAAUCUGUUAGGCCAUCCCAAUGGAAAAUGAUGCUAAACAUUGAUGUUUCUGCAACUGCAUUUUAUAAAGCACAACCUGUUAUAGAAUUUAUGUGUGAAGUAUUAGACAUUCGAGACAUAGGUGAUCAAAAGAGACCCUUAACAGAUUCUCAGCGAGUUAAAUUUACCAAAGAAAUUAAAGGACUUAAAAUUGAAAUCACACACUGUGGGACAAUGAGGCGAAAAUAUAGAGUGUGUAAUGUUACGCGUAAACCUGCUCAAAUGCAAUCAUUCCCGUUACAAUUAGAAAAUGGACAAACAGUCGAGUGCACGGUUGCAAAAUAUUUCUUAGACAAAUAUAAAAUGAAAUUGCGACACCCAUAUCUUCCAUGCCUUCAAGUUGGACAAGAACAUAAACAUACAUAUUUGCCACUUGAGGUCUGUAAUAUUGUUGCUGGGCAACGUUGUAUCAAGAAAUUGACUGAUAUGCAGACUUCUACUAUGAUAAAAGCUACAGCCCGGUCUGCUCCAGAUCGUGAACGAGAAAUAAAUAACUUAGUUAGAAGAGCUGAUUUUAAUAAUGAUUCAUAUGUUCAAGAAUUUGGUUUGACGAUAUCAAACAAUAUGAUGGAAGUUAGGGGUCGUGUUUUGCCUCCACCCAAGCUACAGUAUGGAGGGCGCGUAAGUUCCCUCAGUGGACAGACGAAGCAGCAGGCUAUACCUAAUGGUGGUGUUUGGGAUAUGCGAGGCAAGCAAUUUUUCACAGGUGUGGAAAUUAGAGUUUGGGCAAUUGCUUGUUUCGCUCCACAAAGAACUGUACGCGAUGAUUCAAUACGUAAUUUUAUAGCACAAUUACAAAGAAUAAGCAAUGAUGCUGGGAUGCCAAUUAUUGGGCAACCAUGUUUUUGUAAAUAUGCUACUGGGCCAGAUCAAGUAGAGCCCAUGUUUAGAUAUCUAAAAGCGACAUUUUCAUCAUUACAACUUGUUUGUGUUAUAUUACCUGGAAAAACACCUGUAUAUGCUGAAGUCAAAAGAGUAGGAGAUACAUUAUUGGGUAUGGCAACGCAGUGUGUACAAGCAAAAAAUGUUAAUAAAACGUCACCACAGACGUUGUCGAAUUUAUGUUUGAAAAUUAAUGUAAAAUUAGGUGGUAUUAAUAGUAUUCUAGUACCCACUAUCAGACCGAAAGUGUUUGAUGAACCUGUUAUAUUUUUUGGAGCUGAUGUGACUCAUCCUCCUGCUGGAGAUAAUAAAAAGCCUAGCAUAGCGGCAGUAGUUGCUAGUAUGGAUGCUCAUCCAUCUCGGUACGCAGCUACUGUUAGAGUUCAACAACAUAGACAAGAAAUUAUUCAGGAACUUAGUUCAAUGGUGAGGGAACUCCUUCUUAUGUUCUACAAAAGCACUGGUGGAUAUAAACCACUUAGGAUAAUUCUUUAUCGCGAUGGUGUCUCAGAAGGUCAAUUUCUUCAUGUUUUACAACACGAGUUAACUGCCAUUCGAGAAGCUUGUAUUAAACUUGAAGCUGAGUAUAGACCUGGAAUAACAUUUGUUGUAGUCCAGAAGAGACAUCACACUCGCCUAUUUUGUUCGGAAAAAAGAGAUCAAAGUGGUAAAAGCGGGAAUAUACCAGCCGGUACAACAGUUGAUGUCUGUAUAACGCAUCCAACUGAAUUUGACUUCUAUUUAUGUAGUCACCAAGGCAUCCAGGGCACGUCUCGACCAUCGCAUUAUCACGUUUUAUGGGAUGAUAAUCGUUUUGAAAGUGACGAAUUACAGUCUCUAACGUAUCAAUUAUGUCACACGUAUGUCAGAUGUACGAGAUCUGUUAGUAUACCUGCACCAGCAUAUUAUGCUCAUCUCGUAGCAUUCCGAGCCAGAUAUCAUUUGGUAGAAAAAGAGCAUGAUAGCGGAGAAGGAUCUCAUCAAUCUGGCUGUAGCGAAGACAGAACACCAGGUGCAAUGGCAAGAGCUAUCACAGUUCAUGCAAACACAAAGCGGGUUAUGUACUUUGCAUAAUUCUUCUUUGAAUUUUUCUUAGACACAUAAGCAAAAUAGUAAAAAUAAUAAAAAUACCAUAAAAUGAUAAUGAUCAUCAUAUCUUGCACGUUGAUAUUUUUAGACUGCUUGAAAUGCUGGACAAUCUUCUUGAGUGGUCAACUUUUUUGCUUACUUUUAUAAUCAAAUAAAUCUGCCUAAUACCUAAAAAUAUGUCGAACAAUUUUAUAUUAAGCUUUUUUUUCUUGUUUUUUUUUUUUUUUAAUACAUUGUCGACUAGGUUUUGGACAGAUUUUUUAACACGUUAGGAAGUAGGUAUUAAACGAGGUGCUUUUAGUUAAUCAUGUUUUAGAUUGUUGCAGCUUGACUGUCGGAUAGUUUCGCGAUAAAAACCACAUGAACGAAUAAUUUAAGAAUCCGUGCUGCCGUGGAUAUUACGCUUAUUUCUUUUUUUUUUUUUUUUAGAGGUUGAAUUUCCUCUAGCAUUUGUAUGAUGCAAAAAGAUCGUAUUACAACAUAAAUUCACGAUUGUAUAAAUCGCUUCUGCAAGACUGUUAUCUUGUUGUUUAUAUAUAGUUGUCAUUUGUAUCAGUCAUUUUUUGUAAAAAGGAAAAAUAAAAAAGAUGUGGACUUUCAAGUCACACU